AUGUCAUCGUUCAUACAGUUCCUAUCGGGUUUUGCUUUGCUAGCAACUGUUCUUUAUAGAGGCUGCCUUUCAAAGAAAAGGGAGUAUUUCAUCGCAGCAGUUGAGAUGGAUUGGAAUUACGCACCUACAGGAUUUAACAACCUUAAUGGAGUUCCACUGGAGGACGACAGGUAAACAUUUUGAUCAUUUUUGCGCCACUGUAAUAUUUUUCUUUGCAAAACUUGCAACUGCUAGCAAAACUGAACUUUCAGCAUCGAUUCAAUUCAAAUCUUCAGUAGGACGCUGUUUUUUUCCGAAGCUGCAUUUGUGUUAUUAUUGAUUACUCUCAUAUGAAGAAAGCGAAUUAAAAACUGAUCAAGAGUAAUAUAUAGCUACCAGCCUCUGUCAGUCUGUUUUUUUUUUACCUUUGUUGUAACAUCCUUUGUUAGCUUUUCAGGGGUGCGUGAUCUGGUUCAAUUUUGUUUACUCUGAGCAGAUUUUUUAGCGAAUUUUUGGACGUACCAAGAUUCGAGAAAUUGAAUACCAAUCAAGUCGCAUACUAAUUUAAACACAUUCUCAGACAUUCCCAUUAUCCUGCUUAACUGUCACUAAUUAGAAGGUUAAUAAACAUUUUCGUGACGCGAACCCCCAAAGAUCAUAUCUUGGUCAGAUAUUGUUCGAGCAGCGGUAAAGUUUCCGCACAACCCCAUGCUAUCGUAAAAAAAAAUCUGUUUUCUCAAUGGAAAUGUAUUGUUUUUUUCAUUGUUUUCUCAAUUCAAGAACUGAUUGCAUAAUGUAGUAUGGCCGGGGGCUGUGCGGAAAUUUUACCCAAGCAGAUGCCAACAGAUUAAAUCCAAAGUUGAAACAAAUCCAAUCAGAGAGCCUGAAUUAUUAGCAUUCAAGAUUCAUGAGAAUUGAAUACAAUUCAAGUCUCAAACUGAUUUAAAAGCAUUCUAAGACAUUCUUGUUGUGCCGCAUAAUUUUCCAUAUUUAGAAGUAACGGGAACCGCUUAAAAAUGAUCUUGGUCAGACAUUGCUCUAACACAUGUCAACAGAUUAUAUGCCGAAACUGCUUCAAAAACGAAUUCCAUCCAUGUUUGGCAAGGUUAGCUGAUAUGCAAUCGUUCACGCAAAAUUUGUGCCAGCUUGUCAACCUUCACAAAUCUUAGAGACGCAUACCGGUUAAGAAUUAAGCUUAUCCAUCAUCUUUUAUGUGUUUAUUCAUCGCCACUAAUUACUACAUACUGAUUAGCAUUCACUUCACAGCGCAUCAUUUGAAACAAAGAAACCUUUGAUUAUUACAAACAAGCCGCCUAAAAUAAUUACGUUAAAACUGAUGUGCAGUUAUGCGAGCCCCUAGAUGUAACUGCUUAGCAGAGGUAUUUUGUGGCGAGUGAGUGCGAGAUUUUGUGAACGAGCUUGACAACAGUACACGGUUUUAAAAAGGCAAAGGUUACGCCUCCGUUCAGUGUCUUCUGGCAUCCUCCAAGGGAUUGUCUUGGAGCCCACGUUAUAUCUUUACUUUCUACACAAGCGAUCUUGAUGAGUGUUACUUGACUGCGAUGACCGGAGAUCGCCAUGAUGAGCUAGCCGCGUUUGACCUCAACUUGACACUGUCAUGAUUAGUAUGGACUUCAACGGUUAUGCUAGUUUGGCUAUAUUUUUCAUCACCAUAUUGUUUUUUCUAUUUUGUUAACUUCUCGCAUUUUUCGUUUCCCUUUGGAUUAUCUUUGUAAAACUUUAUCCCCAUAAAGAGUCGAGCGGUGUACAGGUGUGGUUCUCAAUAGAAACUCAAGGCACAAAAUAUAUUUAUCUUUUCGACUCCUAAUGGUUGACAAGGAUGGAGUAGUAGGCAUAAAUAUACGUAUCAUAUGAGCUGAAUUUUCGGAUGAAUUUAUACCAUUGGCCCUGCAAUGCAGAAAUUUUGGAUAAAGCAGCCUUUCGCAUGUUGUGUAAAUGGGACCUUCAAAUAAUCUACUUUUCCUUUCCAGUGAUGGGUCUCAAUUUACUGUGUCAGGCCAUCACAGGAUAGGACGGGUCUAUCGUAAGGUCCUUUACAGAGAGUUCACCGAUGGGACCUUCACGAAGCAAAAACCUCAUCCAAAGUACUUAGGACUGCUUGGUCCCAUAAUAAAAGCUGAAGUUGGUGAUACUCUAGAGGUUCACUUCAAGAACAUGGCCUCAGACCGCCCCUUCACGAUGCACCCGCACGGAGUCUUUUAUGAUAAGGCCUCAGAGGGAGCCCUCUAUAAUGAUCAUACUCAGGGAGACCUGAAAGAGGACGAUCACGUUCAACCAGGUGGGAGCCGUGUUUAUCUGUGGACAAUUCCAGAAACUCACGCACCGACUAAAAGUGAUGAGAACUGCCUCACUUGGGCGUACCAUUCACAUGUCAAACCCACUCCAGAUAUCAACACUGGUUUAAUUGGUGAGUAGUUUACAGUAUCCACUUAUUUCAGUCCGUGGUGAAUAAUGUUGACGGUUCCUAAACCCAGCGUACCUUAAACUCAGUUUUUUUCUUAUGGGGAUUUUGUUUAACACUGUGGUCAGUAUUAUCCCCAGUUUGUUUUCAGUCUUGUAAAAUAUUAACUUUUUCUCUCGACGAACAGGGGCAAUCUUAACUUGUAAGAAGGGAACCUUAGAUGCAAACACUGGGGCUCGAACAGAUGUAAACAAGGAUUUCGUUGUGUUGUUUACUGUAAUGGACGAGAACAAGAGUUGGCUUCUUGAUAAAAAUAUCAAACAAUUUUGCACUGAUCCUGACGGAGCCAUGAAGAAAAAAACAGAUGGUGGAUUUGUAAAAAGCAAUAAAAUGUAUGGUAUCAAUGGCAGAGUGUUUGGUAACUUAGAAGGUCUGGAUUUGUGCCUUGGAGACAAAAUAAGCUGGCAUAUGGUAGGCAUCGGCACUGAUACUGACGUUCACGGAGGUAAUAAUCUUUUAACUUCUGUAAACAGUUUUACCCACAGGUGUCUCUCGUUCUUGAAACUUGUCACUUCGUCAAUUUGUUGUUUAUUUUUUUAAAUUCUAUUAGCUAACGUAUUCCAACGAAUCAUUUGACAAAUCCAAAUUUUUUUCUCCUCGCCUUUUAUUUCCUUCUUGUAAACCUGCUCUUCAGACUUUCAUUGACUCCGCUCUCUUUGCCACACCUUUCUCACUCUAGAUUCUGGAUUUUGUAUUUGUAAUUCCGUGAUUGGUGCAUCCCCAAUUAAACAUAAGGGAAGCAUUUUAGUGGAAAUACUUUAUUUAAUAAAGGGGAAAGUUUCUAAAGAAACUGUGGUACUGCGUCGGUGGGAGAGUAUUGCAGGUAAUUUAGUGUUAACAACUGAGUUGAAAACGUAAAUUAGCCACCGUAAAGGGUGAAAAAGCUGAUGUUUCGAGCGUUAGCCCUUCGUCAGAGCUAUUGCUGUGGGAAAAAUUUAUAAAAAUAUGGGGAAAAAAUCAUCAAGGCAAAAACAAAUUGGCCUUCUUGUUCACGACAUUUAACUUUGUUUGAAUAAUUACGAUAGACCUGCAUAGAGUUUCUUUGAUCUUUUUAGGCCCCAUCGCCGUAAAAUUUAAUAGCACAUAGCGAGUCGGAUAAAGUACUCCGCUGAGCCUGACCAGCCACAACCCCUCGUGCUUCUCCACAGGCUGGUCUCAGAGAAGUGUUUGCCACAAAAGCUUAUCAAAUUCCUAUUUUUUAGUAGAUCUAACAAAGUGGAAAAUGGCUCAAGUCGAACAAUAUAGGGAGGGAGGUUGCUCUCAUACCCUUGAACAUUUGUGUGAUGAAGAGUAAUAAUUACCCUUCUAAAAGUUGUGUUGGACACUUGAGUAACCAUAUAUUGUAUCCAAUCCGCUGCAGCAUAUUUUCACGGCCAGACGUUUACAAUUGACAAACAUCUCAGAAGUGUUGCCACUCUUUUGCCUGCCACGUUUGUGACAGCAAGUAUGACCGCCAUAAAUCCGGGAACUUGGCUCUUGAACUGCAUGGUGACCAGUAACUACGACGGAGGGAUGUAUGCUUUGUUCAACGUAACCAAAUGUGACCGCGACAUUAAAGUACCAAUCGCUAGCGGAGGUCGCACGCGAAGAUACUUUAUCGCUGCCGAAGAAAAGAUGUGGAAUUAUGGUCCUAGCGGAGUAAACCAAAUAACUGGAGAUGAUCUAUUAAAGCCCGGGAGGUAACUUGGAUAGAUUUUUUAAGCGCGGUUAUCAAUAUGUUAAAAGUUUGAGAAAACUGUAAGAUGCUCUUCACAGUCAGGGUAAAUUAAUUCAGUCCAAAUUAGCUUGAUUUGGACAAACGCAAAGGUUCCAUUCUACGUUUUAUUGUAAUUGAAUUGUACCUGGUAGAUAACGAAAACAGACAGAGUUCAACAUCCAAAAAAAUUAAAAGCCACAUUAAGCUAAGUAACAAAGGAAAAAAAGAGGGCGAUAAGUGUGAUAGCAACUUCUUCUAUUUUUUCUGAUGUCACUUUGUUAUCCAAAUGCGUGUUUGCACUAGUGAUUCUUCAAGGUACUUCAUUAAGAGCAACAACAGAAUUGGAGGCACCUACAAAAAAGCUCUCUUUAUCGAGUACACAGACGACACGUUUAUCACUCCAAAGAAUCGCACUGAAGAUGAAAUCCAUCUUGGUUCGUUGGGACCUGUUGUCCGUGGAGAGGUUGGAGACACUAUAAAGGUGGUCUUUCGCAACAAGGUCAGUUUAACGUCGGCUUCACGAAUUAAUAGGCCUGUAAUUAGCUCUACCUAAUAUAUCAGUAGGCGCAUUCGAUUCAUGUAAGUUCACCUAACGGUAACCUUUAUUAAACCAAACUCCUACGAUAAAUGGUGUACAACAUGUAUGUCUUAUCCCAGGCAUUUUCACAAUUUCUAACGUGUUUGCAGCAUCUAUGUACUAAUUCGCGAGCGUGCUUACACAUACAAAAAGAUCAUUCUCUCUCGCAAACAUGAAUGGCGCUCGCUGUUUUUUUGCGAUGUAAAAUGCGCUUACUUAAUGCAGAAUUGCGGAAAAACUUUUAAGUAAUAUAGAGUGUAAAUUUUAGGCGUCAAGAAACUACAGUGUUCAUCCAAUCGGAUUGCUUUAUAACAAAUCUAACGAAGGAGCAUUGUAUGAGGAUGGUACAUCCGGGAAGGACAAGGAUGAUGACGAAAUAAGGCCAAACGGAACGUUUACAUACAAGUGGACUAUACCCGAGGAAAUGGGUCCCAGAGAUACAGACGCACAGUGUUUAACCAGAAUGUACUUGUCAAGUGUGAACCCAACGAAGGACAGAUAUUCAGGUACGCACUGAGUCAUGACAGAAUUCAUGACUGCGUAUAGAUAACGCGGUGGCCUAGGUAUAGCCUACUGGACGUCGUUUUGUGUUUUUCUCUUGGGCAAGACACUUCACUAAUUACUAGUUGAAUUAUUUAGGAAUUGUCACUAGCAGACUGUCAGAGAGAUCUAAGUAGAUGCUGGCGAAGACAGUGGGGGUGGGAGUGGGGGUGAAGGAGAGUAAACCUGCAGUAGACCAGUAUCCUACACGAGAGAGGCAGGCGUGACUCUUAGUCACUGAAAUUUCCAUAAACCAGAAUAUUUUCUAGCAGCUAUAUUUGUGAAUCAAUCUCUUCAGACUCCUCUGUCUCUUCCUUUGAGCUCGAUAUUCAAAUGAAAGUUUUAUACGUAAUACUGAAAAACAUGUGGCGAAAAUUUUCGUUUUGUUCUCUGUAGGACUGAUGAAUUGGCUGAGAUAAGUCGAGUGACGCCCAGUUCCUAGAGGUUUCCUUCUUAGAAGUCUUUCGCUGUAGUUGUUGCCACCAUCAUGGAUGCGCCAUUUUCUCGUAUCUUUAUAAGCUACGGAAUUUAUUGAAUUUUUUAUUUUUCCUGCUUUUAGGUCUUUUUGGUCCCUUGCUGAUCUGCAAGAAAGGAAGUUUGGACUCCAAAAACAAGCAAAAGAAUGUGGAUAAGGAGUUUGUUCUACAUUUUGUUGUUACCUUAGAAAAAAAUUCCUGGUACUACGAUGAUAAUAAGGAACUGGCCGGCGAUCCAUCCUCUAUAGACGAAAGUAUGUAUUCAUUAGGACUGUACUGUAACGUCAUAGGCUUUUAAAAAAUUUUCUUUUGUCAUAUUCUACUUAUCACACGUUGCUUGCUGAGAGAAAGCGCUGGAAAAAAUUGUUGUGUCGCCUUUAUUGAGGAAAGAUUUACUGUGUGAGAGAGCAUGUCAAGUUCUCUGGUUAAUGCUCAGUCUACCAUAAACCUUUGGACAGAUGUCAACAACUAUUUGCAGUACAGAAACGACUUAAACAUGACCUUAUCGUGACCAAAUUAUCGAGCAGAAUGACUCUGCUAUGGUGUACUUUAUUGUAUCUGUCGAUCAACCAAUCGGUCAGGCGAUGAAUCAUUCAAUGAAUAAAUUUUUUACAUUUUACUUCAUUGUAAGGUGUGCCUUUAUCAUGAAAUUGUUGUUGUUUUUUAGGUGACGUGGCUUACAUUAACAGUAACAAAAUGCAUGACGUUAAUGGAUAUGUUUUCGGCAAUCAACAAGGUCUGCGCAUGUGCAAAGGAGACCGUGUGUCGUGGCACAUCAUGAGCGGAAUAUUGAUGCACAGCCCCUAUUUCUAUGGCAACACGGUCACCUUUAAUGGCAAAAGGGCAGAUGCUGUGGGGCAAAUACAAGGUGUGGAUUGUCAAAACAUAUAAACAAGGGGUCAAACAAACAAACCAAUUAUAAAGGAGUAAUACAACGGCCGUCAAAGUUCGGAAUGUUUGCUUCACUGCAAAUAAAAUGACUAGAUACAGAAAAGUGUUUACUCGCAUGAGUUGAAACAUUCUAUCAGUUCAUGCGCUCAUUUGUUGAAAUCUUCAGUCUUCAGUUGUAAAGUACGCCUAAUUCAUGUAGUUGUUGUAAAUAGCCUGAUUUGAAAAGGCAAUGAAAAAAAGGAACAAGUUCAGAGAGGCUGCUUAGCUUUUGAAUUGGCAUCAAUCUUUAUGAGUGAUUAACUCAUUCUAACAAAAUAUUAUUUGUUUUCGAAGUGACCGAAUCUUCAGAAACCACUGAAAAUGUUUUUGUUUGCUGUCCAUAGGAUCUUUCGCAACAGUUUACAUGAGUCCAGAUGACCCUGGGCAAUGGGAAUUAGUUUGCAAGACAACAAGUCAUUUAACUCUUGGAAUGCAAACAAAAUACACGGUCCUUGACAAUUGUGGGAACUCUUCAUCAGAGCAGACUACUGGUAAGGUGAGGCGUUACUAUAUCGCUGCUGUGGAGGAGAUCUGGGACUAUGCACCUACUGGUCGAGACAUCUUAGGAGGAAAACCGCUGGAAGAAAGCGAGUGAGUGGUUCACUGCUGAGAUAAACACCCGAUUGCAAAAACACUUACGCCUAAAAAGCAUCAUCCAUGAACGAUGAGACCUUGCGGCUUCAUGGGAAAUGUUAGCACACUUACAGAAACAGUGCUUCACUUUUUCCAUUAUUCAUGGCAAAUCUUGGUUCAUGAUAAUUCUUUCCCUCCAAGAAAGCGUGGAUGGCUUCUGUCAUUUACCACGUGCAAUUCAACUAAUUGUGGUUAUCAUGUACAUAUGUACCCAUAAAGCCGUUGGGUCUCGUCGUUAGACCUGUCCCGGUUGUGGUAGCUUUUGAGCAAGUUUUGACAUUUGGAGCAGCUUUCUGCGAUUCUAGCAAACUCGAGAAAUUUUUGCCUACAUGAGCAAUUUUGAGCAAAAUGUAAUCAACGAUUUGAUAGAAAACUUCAAUUUAUGCGAGUUUCUUGAAUGUUUAUCAACCUUUGUAACACAUAACCAGUCACUUGACAGCGUUUUGUAGGCCUAUAUAUAUACAAAAGUGGGGGUAGAGUCUACCUUGGCAUAAAGUGCUCAAUGCUGUGGUAGCAGAGCUGGGUAUAUAUAAGUGAAAGAAUCAAAGGGGAUGCAUCGAUUCUCUGUUACUCUGAGUUUCGCGCCUAAGCGCUCGUCAGACAGAACUUGCGGUAUAUAUAUAUAUAUAUAUAUAUAUAAUUAUAGACAGACAUCAAACGAACCACUUGUUUUGUUCCGUUUGACUUAAAACUAAUAACAAAUAGAUUCCACUUUCCAAAAUUUUUGUUCAGCUAAAGAUCUUUAGAAGCUCCUGAAACUUGAUAAAUAUCGCGUUAUAGAUUGUAAUUAUUAUAUAGACCAUCUUAAGUACUUAAUAGACCUUUUAUUCCACAUAUACACUUAUUUUUUCCGUUCAGUCGAUGUAAAUUAAAUUUCUAAUUUCACGUUUAUUUUCAGCGAAGCCAAAUCAUACACCACUAAUGGUCCAAAACGCAUCGGUCAUAAAUACAAGAAAGCGCGUUUCCAUGAAUUUACAGAUGACACCUUUACAACGAAGAAGGAAAGAAAGACUGACUAUGAAAAACACCUUGGAAUUAUGGGGCCAAUCAUUAGAGCGGAGAUUGGAGACACAGUGGAGGUUGUAUUGAAGAAUAUGGCCACGAAAAGUUAUUCGAUUCAUCCCGAUGGAUUAUUCUACAAGUAAGCAAGGACAGCUUGAUAUUCAAUUGACUUGUUUUCUAUUUUCUUAUCGCGGCUCAUAGCCUUGGCAUCAGACUUCACAAUUGCUCUUGAUAAUGUCGUCCGAUCGACUUCACUUGGAACUUUGGAUUGGCCAGAAACGAACUGAAAAAACUAUUAUGGUGAACUUUAACUGAGCGUGGGUCAAGAAAUUAACUCUCUUAUGCAGAUUCUUGUUUUGCGGAGAGCUGUUUUACUUCAAAUUUUUGCUCUAUUAUAUCUUUUUGACAGGAAAAAGUAUGAAGGUUCGAAUUAUCAAGAUGGGACCACAGGGGAUGACAAAAACGAUAACGCAGUCGCCCCUGGGAUGCAGUUCAAAUAUGUGUGGCAAGUCCCUGAGCGAGCAGGACCAACACUGAAUGAAGACGACUGUUUGGCGUGGGCAUACUUCUCUGAUGCACAUGCGGUGACAGACUUCUACACCGGACUGGUUGGACCGCUUCUUGUUUGUAAAAAGGUAUACAAUGAUCCAACAAUGCGGAAAAUGACACUUAAUCAGAGUGCUAAAUUGAAGCUUCAAUUUUGACUUUCUUUGUGUUAAACUUUGCCGAAAAAAAGCGUAUUUUCCGUAUUUUUAAGGGGGCUUUUAUGAUCUUCAGCGAAACAGACAUUCGGGAAAAUGGAAUCUUUUUGUUUUUGAUUUUUCUUUCAACAACAGGGAACACUUACAGAAGAAAAUUCUCGUCGGGGCGUGGAUCGAGAGUUCUUUCUGCUUUUCGCCACAUUUGACGAAAACAGGAGCUGGUAUCUGGACGAUAACAUUAAUGAAUACUGCUCGGAUCCAGGCCCUAUUGAUGAACUGAAGAGCGAUCCUGGGUUCCAAUUGAGCAACCAGAACUACGCAAUCAAUGGUUUUCUGUAUGGAAAUUUACAAGGCCUUGAAAUGUACAAAGGAGAGAAGGUGGAAUGGUAUCUAAUGGGUCUUGGAGACUUGACAGAUGUCCACACAGUACAUUUUCAUGGACAGACCUUCCUUUAUGUAAGACACAGUAAUAACGCCUAUGGGUUGUAUCCUUGAAGAUUAAGUCACCAGUCAUUCUUUAUCGCCUGGGUGGGGUAGGGGAGUGGAGGGGGGGAUUCGAGGAUUUUGGCGGGAUCGCUUAAUUUUCAGGGAGAACGGAGUGGGGAUCAGUCGUGGCCAACAGAGUCUAAAGGAAGGACAAUAUGAAAUUAACCGCCAAUGGGAGGGGGAUUCAUAAGAAUAUAAUAGAAACUUAUAGGGGACGGGGAGAUCAUAAGAAUAUAACAGAAACUUAUAAAGGGGGGGGGAGAUCAUGAGUUGCGUAAAUCAAUAUGGCGGACGGUCACGUUUUUAGAGCUCUUAGAUGCUGGAUCAUUCUGCUUUAUUUCUACGUUUGUUUCUCUGGUGCACUCCUUCCCAAGGCUAAUCCUGACCUCGAUAUAUCUGGUGAUACUCUUCUCUUCAUUUCUCACGGUCUGACGACAGUGAGAAUUCAACCUUUUAACCAUCGGUCACCGAGCUCGCAACAUGCAAAGAAUCUCCAGUUGCCGAAUUCAAGACUUCUACUCCUUGGAUGCCGUUUUGCGAUUAAUUCCUCUCUUUCCUUACUACUCAUUCGUCUCGCAAAUGAUGUUGAACUUCAACCUGGUCCUGUUGGCUCCUCUAGUUCACAUGACAUCCUGUCUGAUCUUCGGGAUUUGUCAACGAAAAAUGGGCUUACAAUUAUUCAUCAAAAUAUCAGAGGCCUCGUGGCGAACAGGGAUAGUCUAUGCCAAAUGAUCGAUGAUUCCAAGCAUAUAGACAUCAUAUCCCUCAGUGAGACUCAUCUAUCGGACAGUGAAGAGGCUCAAGUUCAACUGGAUGGCUAUACGUUCAUUAAUAGACCAAGGAAAACAGGCAAAGGUGGAGGUGUGGGAGUUUAUAUCUCCUCUUCUGUCCCCUUUCAUAGAAGACUAGACCUGGAACGCGAUGGGAUCGAAUGUAUCUGGAUAGAAAUUUUAUUUCCAAAAUCUAAGGGUAUCCUUAUUGGUUUUAUUUAUCGCCCCCGAGUUCUUCAAAGCAUCUUUGUGCAGAUUUUGAAAAUAAACUGGAGUCGAUGCUUUCUGCUGUAUCAUCUGAAAACAAAGAAUGCAUUUUGACAGGCGAUAUCAACUGCAACUAUUUGGUAAGCUCAGACAACAAAGAACUGAAGGCAAUGCUAUUGUCUUUUGGCCUUAAACAGCUAAUCAAGGAUCCCACGAGGGUAACGCAAGAUUCAAAAACACUGAUAGAUGUGAUUUACACAAAUCGCCCUCAGAAUGUUUAUAGUGUUAAAGUCAUUCCCGCCGGCUUAAGUGACCAUGAUAUGAUUGGUUGUGUCCGGAAGCUGCAUAACCAUAAAUUCCAGCCAAGAACCAUCACCUGUCGAAACUAUGCUAAUUAUGAUCCUAUAUCCUUUUGCAAUGAUUUACGGUCCAAUAGUUUCACACCUGUCUUUAAAUCCUCCUGCGUUAAUGAAGCAUGGUCUUUUUGAAGCCAUUCUGAAAGAAUGUAUUGAUAAGCAUGCGCCAGCUAUAAAGAAGAGGAUCAAAGGGAAACUCAGCCCAUGGCUUACACAGAAGGUAAAGCAAGAAAUGAAUACCAAAGAUCAGCUUUUGAGAAAAGCGAGAAAGACAAAUCGUGAAAUUGACUGGUCUUCGUACAAGCGCCAACGAAACAAAGUUAACGGUAUGGUAAAAAUUGCAAAAGCAGGUAUCACCGUGAACUCUUAGAGGAGACUGUGGGUUCACCUAACAAAUUUUGGUCAGCUAUUAAAAAACUAUACCCUACAAAGUCUACAAAGGAACCAGGAGCAGCUUUUCUCGUUAAUGAAGCAGUAGAAACCGACAAAGAGGUUAUUGCAAAUUUGUUCUGCAAAUUCUUCACUGAUGUUGCGCGAUCUCUAAAAAGAAAGAUCUUCCCUCUUUGCAAUUUUGUCUGGAAAAGGCCCCUUACAAUAGACACCCAGCAGCCGCUAGAGAACUUUGAGUUUAGAUCAGUCUCGGAAAAGGUUGUCUUUAAUGCAUUAAAGAGCCUUAAGAGAAAUAAGUCCUCUGGCCUUGACAACUUUCCUUCUGGAAUGUUAAAGGACUCUGCUGAUAUAAUAGCCAAGCCUCUCACGCAUAUAAUUAACCUGUCUCUCGCAACAGGGUCUGUACCUACUGACUGGAAAGCGGCUAAAAUUGUACCACUUUUUAAAUCUGGUUCAAUGGCCGAAAUCGACAAUUAUAGGCCUAUUUCAAUACUUCCCUCAAUGUCAAAGAUCCUGGAGAAAGUGGUAUUUAAGCAGCUGAUGGCUCAUUUUGAACAGAAUGGUCUACUUUCUCAUUUUCAGUACGGCUUCCGUCGCAUGCGCUCUACUGAACUGGCCGUUACUCAUCUUACCGAUGUUAUCAGAAGAGAAGGUGAGAAUGGUAACCUGACAGGCUGUGUUUUCAUCGAUCUAUCCAAGGCGUUUGACACCAUCAGUCACUCUGGCCUCCUGAGCAAGCUUUCAACUUACGGAGUUCGUGGAACAGAACUCGCAUGGUUCACUGAUUACCUUUUCUGCAGAUCACAAGUUGUCCAAUAUAAAGGCGUGCUAUCAGAACCUCAACCCAUUCUCACAGGUGUUCCUCAGGGAAGUAUCCUGGGUCCUAUCUUAUUCAUUAUCUUUUUCAACGAUGUACAUAAACCGCUUCAACACUCGAAGAUUAUCACUUAUGCCGACGAUUCAGUCAUCUAUACCUCUUCUAAAGAUAUUGAUACUAUACAGAGAAGCCUUAGCGAGGAUAUGAAUAACCUGUGCGAGUGGUUUAAAGACAACGAACUGAUCAUUAACCUAAAAAGGACAAGACGGAGUCUAUGUUAUUUGGAACAGCUAAAAGAAUCAACCUUCAAGACAAGGAACUUAAACUUUCUGCUAAUGGGUCACUCAUCAAUAAUACCUCUACCUAUAAGUACUUAGGUGUUCACCUUGACUCAUCACUAAACCUCGCAUCACAUUUUGACCGAAUCUAUAAAAAGCUGCAACCAGAAUCAAUCUCUUGCGAUCAAUUCGUCCUUUGAUCGACCAAAAGUGUGCAGAAUCGAUCUAUAACACUAUGAUCGCACCUAUCUUUACCUAUUGCGGAACACUUGGUCUUAGCUUUCCGGAUUACCGAAAGGAAAUGAUAAAGAACAUCGAACGACGAGGCUUUAAAGUUAUCGGCAAUAGUUCUUUUAAUCCCCAUCCGUGAACAAUUUGAUCAAGCGUAAAAGCUGUCUGUUUGUUUUCGACUGUCUCCUGAAUAAUGUUUGCACACCCUUUAAGAACUACUUCGAAAGGCUGGUUCAUUCUAAGGCCACUAGGAAUAACGGUAUAUCAGUGAAAUUACCCAAAGUUCGUUUAGAAUUUGGUAAAAAGAGCUUCUAUUACCAAGGAGCAAAGACUUUCAACAACCUGCCUGCUGAACUAAGGUCGUUAGAUUCGAGACUGAAAUUUAAGAACAAAUUGCGAGAUUAUUUUAGUUAAAUUCUAUCUAAACGUGGUUAUAGGUAUCUUUUUCAGAGUAUUUUUAUUUAAUUUUUAAUUUUUUCAUUUUAUUGUAUGCUUUUCUAGACCUUAAGAUCAAUGAUUAUAUCUUGUUAAAUUUUAUUUUAUUUAUUUAUUUAUUAUUUUUGACAGGACCCCAAGGACAACAGUGUUACACACUGAUGGGUUUCAAUCCUGUAUAAAAAUUCGUUAUUAUUAUUAUUAUUAUUAUUAUUAUAAGAAUAUAACAGAAACUUAUAAGGGGGGGGAGAUCAUAAGAAUAUAACAGAAACUUAUAAGGGGGGGAGAUCAUAAGAAUACAACAGAAACUUAUGAUAGGGAAGAUCAUAAGAAUAUAACAGAAACUUAUGGGGGGGAGAUCAUAAAAAUACAACAAAGCCUUAAGGGGAGGGGACCAUAAGAACUAAAAGAGCCUUGUGGGAAGGGAUCAUAAGAAUAUCUCAGAACCUCAUGGGGAGGGGGAGUCAGAAUAUAACAGAGCCUUAUAGGAGGGGGAUCAGAAUAUAACAGAGCCUUAUGAGAGGGGGGUCAACAAUACAACAGAGCCUUAUGGGAGGGGGAUCAGAAUAUAACAGUGCCUUACGGGAGGGGGGGUCAACAAUACAACAGAGCCUUAUGGGAGGGGGAUCAGAAUAUAACAGAGCCUUAUGAGAGGGGGAUCAGAUUAUAACUGAGCCUUAUGAGAGGGGGAUCAGAAUAUAACAGAGCCUUAUAAGAGGGGGAUCAGAAUAUAACAGAGCCUUGUGAGAGGGGGAUCAGAAUAUAACAGAGCCUUAUGAGAGGGGGAUCAGAAUAUAACAGAGCCAUAUGAGAGGGGGAUCAGAAUAUAACAGAGCCUUAUGGGAGGGGGAUCAGAAUAUAACAGAGCCUUAUAAGAGGGGCAUCAGAAUAUAACAGAGCCUUAUGAGGGGGGGAUCAGAAUAUAACAGCGCCUUAUGGGAGGGGGAUCAGAAUAUAACAGAGCCUUAUGAGAGGGGGAUCAGAAUAUAACAGAGCCUUAUGGGAGGGGGAUCAGAAUAUAACAGAGCCUUAUGGGAGGGGGAUCAGAAUAUAACAGAGCCUUAUGAGAGGGGGAUCAGAAUAUAACAGAGCCUUAUGAGAGGGGGAUCAGAAUAUAACAGAGCCUUAUGAGAGGGGGAUCAGAAUAUAACAGAGCCUUAUGAGAGGGGGAUCAGAAUAUAACAGAGCCUUAUGAGAGGAGGAUCAGAAUAUAACAGAGCCUUAUGAGAGGGGGAUCAGAAUAUAACAGAGCCUUAUGAGAGGGGGAUCAGAAUAUAACAGAGCCUUAUGAGAGGGGGAUCAGAAUAUAACAGAGCCUUAUGAGAGGGGGAUCAGAAUAUAACAGAGCCAUAUGAGAGGGGGAUCAGAAUAUAACAGAGCCUUAUGGGAGGGGAAUCAGAAUAUAACAGAGCCUUAUGAGAGGGGGAUCAGAAUAUAACAGAGCCUUAUGAGAGGGGGAUCAGAAUAUAACAGAGCCUUAUGAGAGGGGGAUCAGAAUAUAACAGAGCCUUAUCAGAGGGGGAUCAGAAUAUAACAGAGCCUUAUCAGAGGGGGAUCAGAAUAUAACAGAGCCUUAUGAGAGAGGGAUCAGAAUAUCACAGAGCCAUAUGAGAGGGGGAUCAGAAUAUAACAGAGCCUUAUGUGAGGGGGUCAUAAGAAUAAAACAGAACCUUAUGGGAUGGGAUCGCAAGAAAAUAACAGAGCCUUAUUUGGGGAGGGGAAGGUCAUAAGAAUACAACGGAGCGUUAUGGGGAGAGGAUAUUCAGAAUAUUUCAGAGCCCUAUGGGAGGGGAUCAUUAGAAAAUGGCCGAGCCUUACUGAGGGGAGGGGUCAUUAGAAUUCAACAGAGCCUUAGGGGAGGGAGUCAUAAGAAUAUAACAGAGCCUUAUGAAGGGGGGGGGGGCAUGAGAAUACAACUGAGCCUUAUGGGAGGAUCAGAAAAAUUUUAUCUUUACACAACUAAAAAACUUAACCCCCUCCUACCUCUCCCUUUUCGCCCACUUAAAAAAAAGGGUGAAAGGUCUCUUAAGGCCUAUUUACACGGCACGACUUUGUCGCAUGCGACAAGCUUACGACAGGCCUACGACAUGACUUAAGAGUCGUAACCGAGUUGUAGGUUUGAUUUACACGAAACAAUUCGUGUCGUAAGCCUGUCGUAAGCUUGUCGCAUGCGACAAAGUCGUACCGUGUAAAUAGGCCCUUAGGGGAUAUCAAACAGAUGCAGACAAUACUCCCGCUAAACUCAACAUACUUAGGGCCAUUUAUGAUUAGAAAAAAAGUAGAGAACAUUGAUCUAUUGUCCAGGAAAAACACUCGUUGAAAUUUGUCAUUAUUCUCGUACCUCGACCUUCCACAGCCAGUUACACGGCAGGAUCUGAGUUCGAGGUUAAUUUGUUGUCUGAAAGUUGAUUUGUGAAUAGUAAUACGCUUCAACAGAGGAUAACAGAUUGAAAAAAAAAAUUCGAUACCUUAAGUGACUCACUUGUUUUUAUUAUAUUAGGAACCCAUUGAAAGGCUCCUGUUGCAUUGAAUACUUCGACUGUCUAAAACCUCGGCAAACCCUUUCGAAUAUAAGGCUCUUGUUCUCUUAUACUACGUGGUUUCUCAAGCUGGGAUGUUUGGUUCUGUUUCCUUUCUCUCUACCGCAGAAAUCGACCACAAUGCACCGAGAGGACGUUUAUGACAUUUUCCCAGGAGUCUAUGCUACCGUGGAAAUGAUGCCCGACAGCGUAGGAGACUGGUUACUACACUGUCACGUGAACAAUCACUUGGCAGGCGGAAUGGAAACACUUUUCUCAGUCAUGGAAGCGACUGGUAAGUGCUCAUUCUACAUUAGCACGCUCGCUUAGACACUUGUGCAGUGAUUUUAAAACGACACUUACUUGGCUGUUAACUACGCCCUGUUAAGUAAAUGACUUGAUAAUACCUUUCGAGUCUUGUCUUUAAUUCUUUUGUUGUUGUUGUUGUUAGUUAGUUGUAUUUAACGUGUUUAUUGGAAGUUUGAAACUAAUGUAAAUUUAGGGAUUAAAGUGUGAAGUCUUGAUGUUUCUUUUUCCGUUUUUUGUUCUAUAGAUAAGCCAACAGUUUACAGCACGGCUUCCAAAGCAGAAUUCGACAGAAUAAUUUUCACGACCCUACGUGUUUUCAUUUUGUUUUUGCUUGCUGCUUGAUCCCACAGUUCCUGGUUUUUCGAUCAAAACGAGUUUCAGAUGAUGUUUUGAACCCUUGGGUCUUUCUCAAGCAGCUAAGUAAUUCAAACAUUUAACAUAUAAAGUGUGUUACAGUAACCAGUGAGUUUUCACUUCCAUCAAGUGGAAGAAUCUAGACAUUUGUUCUUUUUUAGCUUUCAUAAGCGUCUCGGAGUUUCUCAGGUUUUUAGAAGUUUCAUGGAGUCCAUCGUUUUUUAAACGUCAGAAUGAUCAUUUGGAACACUGAGUAAUUUGUUAGUUCUUUGAAUGGUAUUGUAUUACUUGCAAAUUAGUUGACGUUUGUAAAUUGUAAUCAGCUGUUUUCUUUUAGAGUAAAGGAAAGAGUGCACUUCAAGAUGUUUAAUUCAUUGUUAUUG